CCAGAAUUGAGUCUGACAGCUCCUAUUACUACGUUCAUUUCACAACAAAAACAAUCAUUCAUUCAUUAGACCAUUAUUUUUACAACACUUUAUUUUGUUUAUACUUUCCAUUAAAUUUUAAAUUACUUUUAAUCCUUCACAACGAAAAUCAGACACAAUGAAGGCUGUAGCGACAAAUUCCAUUGUUUUGUUGUUGGUUUUAAGCAUUAGUGGUUCUCUGGCCAUUCGUUGCUAUCAAUGUUCAUCUGAUCAGGAUCGGAAAGGGUUCGAUAGCUGUGGAGCUUAUAAACCCUUCAAUCGUACCGAACACAUUCCUAUUGAGUGCAAUAGUGAGGAGUCACACAUGCCCGGCUCGUUUUGUAUGAAGGUAGUGCAACAGGGACCCCGUGGUUUUAUUUGGGAUGGACGCUGGAGACAAGUUAUAAGACGUUGUGCCUCAGUGGCUGAUACUGGUGUAACAGGUGUCUGUAACUGGGGUGUCUAUGAUAAUGGUGUCUACUGGGAAGAAUGUUAUUGCUCCAGUGAUAGUUGCAAUGGCUCUGAAUCAUUGGCCACAGCAAAAUCGAUAUGGGCCGCGGUCAUUUUAGUCUGCGCCCUUGCAUUUACUCGUGUUGUUGACAAUUAAACCACUCUUGUUGUCGCAGUAGUAUUAGAUAUUUCUUCAGUCUUUUUACAUGAGUGCCUUUCUUAUAUUAUAUAGUUGAUAUAUACAUUCCGUCCAUUUUAUAUUGAUAAUUUGUUUUAGUGAAUAAGGCAUUUUAAUCUCCCACACUAAAAAAAUAGAAUCUCUUUUUAGCACAACAUAGAAUAGCAAUAUCUUUGAAGUGCAAAAACAUAUCGAAAAAAUCAAUUAAUUUAGGAAAAUAAACUAUUACACAUUUUGUAUGCAAA